CCAGUAGAUUCACCAUUUUGUAUGACACGAAGAAACACACGAGGAAUCAUAACAUAGAGAGAAUUUUGAUAUUUCUUAAGAAUAACUUACAUCAUGUGCUUAUUUACCAAAAAGGAAAUUACAUCAUGUGUCCGUUUGAGCAUGACAUAAUGCUAAUUUGUAGUAAUUGAUUAGUUGAACUAUGCAAUGGGUAAUUUCAUUCUCUAAAACACAAUAGGAAGAAUGAAGAUAAAAGGCCACUUUCGUCUAGCUUUUUCUGUUAUUCAUGAAAUCUUCUGUGAGUGUGUGUAUGUGCAGCUGCAGCGCUCAAUGUCUCCACUCCACUGUCAAUGGAUGAUCUUUUCAACAUAGAGCAACUCGGAAUUAAUUAUGCAUCUCCAUCAUCUGGCAUUCUUCUGGAGACAGGAACAGCAUUGGGAGUUAACUAUUGCAUGGAGAAGCAAGUUGACUUUUUCAAUGAAACUGUGGAGACAAAGUUGCGGGCCAAAUUUUCACCCACCAACAAACUCUCAAAAUACUUGUCGGCUUCGGUUUAUCUGAUUAAUAUAGGCACAAGCGACUAUAUUCACAACUAUCUCCAGCCUGAUCAUUAUAACAGUAGCCGCCAAUACAAUGGCGAAGAUUUUGCUGAACUCCUUACAAAGAAACUCAAAAACAAUUUAAAGGAUCUGUACAAUAUUGGCUCGAGAAAGAUGAUAGUUUUUCAAAUUGGCCCGCUUGGCUGCUAUCCAUACAUAAUAAACAAGUUAAAGCCAAGAAGUAGAUGUGCCGAAGACAUAAACAAGUUGGUGUCUAUUUUCAAUGACAAGCUUAACGGCAUGCUCAAAGAAUUGAGCGAGAAACUUGACGGAUCAUCAUUCGUGACUGUAAAAACUUUUGAUCUCAUAAAGAGGUUGAUUCUAAGUCCUGCUGAUUAUGGAUUGGCAGAAACGAGGUGGCCAUGUUGUGUAACUAAAGCGAAUGGAACCGGGCUAUGUGACAAAGGACCUAAGUACUUUGGAUCGGAUGUGCCUCGCGAUGUGCCUCAAAUUUCUAAUGCAAUGUCAAUGGAAAAGGAGUAUAUGUGCAGGGAUAUCAUGUCCCCUAGAUUGAAUUCGAGUUACUCGCAAAUCGGAAAACCGGUGAAGUAUAUAUGCCAGGAGACGGAUUAUUAUCUUUUCUUUGACGAGCUUCACCUGACUCAAGCCGCUUACAAACUUAUAGUGAACAAAUGCCUAAAUAGUACUCCCUCCGUCCCAUAA